GUAUGGCCUGCCGCUGCACGCCGCCUCACUGGGAGACCUGGAGGGCUGCAAGAAUCUGGCGCCCGUGGUGGAGGCCUGGCUGCAGCAGCUCCUGGAGGCCAAAGAUGUGCCAGCCUUUGCCCUGGCCACCGCCUACCUCGCAGCCAGUACAGUCAAGCAUGCCCUCCUGGUUGCUGAGGAGGAGGAAGCCUCCGCCAGCACCUUCAGUGCCUUGGCCACAGCAGCCCUGGAUGGUCUCAAGGG